AUCAUUCUCCCGGAGCCUACAAUAUAAAUCUCCAUGCUCCCAUCUUAUCUACCACCACACAACACCAAACCCUCCAGUAACCAAAGUCUCUCAAACACAGAGAUUGAUCUUUGUCAGGAAGAAAAUGGAAGCGACUUCGUCUAGCUUCACUCUCUCCACGAUCCUCAACACAGAGGAUCCAUACAGCUCCAUCAUGCUCGCCGUAGCUGCUCUCGUCGCCAUCUUCUGCUACUUCUGGAUUCAAGGAAAGGCUAAGUCCAAGAACGGCCCACCGUUGCCUCCGGGACCAUGGCCACUUCCCAUCGUGGGAAACCUCCCGUUCCUAAACUCCGACAUCCUCCACACACAGUUCCAAGCCCUAACUCAAAAACACGGCCCUCUCAUGAAAAUCCACCUCGGCUCCAAACUCGCUAUCGUCGUCUCUUCCCCAGACAUGGCUCGCGAGGUUCUCAAAACCCACGACAUAACCUUCGCGAACCAUGACCUCCCCGAAGUAGGGAAGAUCAACACUUACGGUGGAGAAGACAUCCUCUGGUCUCCUUACGGCACCCACUGGAGAAGAUUACGUAAGCUCUGCGUCAUGAAGAUGUUCACCACGCCGACUCUCGAGGCUUCUUACUCCACUCGCCGCGAAGAAACCCGACAAACCGUUGUUUACAUGUCGGAAAUGGCUCGCGACGGGUCUCCCGUAAACCUCGGAGAGCAGAUCUUCCUCUCUAUCUUCAACGUCGUGACGAGGAUGAUGUGGGGAGCUACCGUUGAAGGAGAAGAGAGAACGAGCUUAGGAAACGAGCUCAAAACCCUAAUAUCUGAUAUCUCCGACAUAGAAGGGAUUCAGAACUACUCGGACUUCUUCCCCAUGUUCGCGAGAUUUGACUUCCAAGGACUUGUUAAGAAGAUGAAGGUCCACGUGAAGAAGCUAGAUCUUUUGUUCGAUCGUGUUAUGGAGAGUCAUGUCAAGAUGGUGGGGAAAAAAAGCGAGGAAGAAGAAGAUUUUUUACAAUAUUUGAUUAGGGUUAAAGACGACGAUGAGAAAGCUCCUCUCUCGUUGACUCACGUAAAGUCACUGCUUAUGGACAUGGUUCUUGGUGGCGUGGACACAUCGGUUAACGCAUCGGAAUUCGCAAUGGCGGAGAUCGUUAGUAGACCAGAAGUUUUCAAGAAAAUCCGACAAGAACUAGAUCAAGUUGUUGGUAAAGACAGCAUCGUUGAAGAGUCGCAUUUACCAAAGCUUCCUUAUCUACAAGCUGUUAUGAAAGAGACUCUUAGGCUUCACCCUACUCUUCCUCUUCUUGUGCCUCAUCGGAACAGCGAGACCUCUGUGGUUGCGGGGUACACUGUGCCUAAAGACUCGAAGAUAUUCAUCAACGUUUGGGCGAUUCAUAGAGAUCCUAAGCAUUGGGAUGAACCAAACGAGUUUAAACCUGAGAGGUUUUUGGAGAACUCGCUUGACUUCAAUGGAGGUGACUUUAAGUAUUUACCUUUUGGAUCGGGGAGGAGGAUUUGCGCGGCGAUUAACAUGGCUGAGAGGCUUGUUCUGUUCAACAUUGCGUCGCUUCUUCACUCUUUUGACUGGAAAGCUCCUAAAGGACAGAAGUUUGAGGUUGAAGAGAAGUUUGGGCUUGUUCUUAAGUUGAAGAGUCCACUUGUGGCUAUUCCUGUUCCAAGGUUGUCUGAUCCCAAACUCUACACAGCUUAAAUAACUAAAUGAAAAUUUGGUUCAGGGAAGUUGAUUGUGAUUUACUUUUAUUUUAUUUUGUGGUGAGAGUUUUUAAUAUUUAAAUGCUUUGUAAAAAUGGAGUGUGUGAAGACGCAUAUCUGAUUAUAUAUAAUAAAUUUAUUUAUUUAUAUAA